UAGACUGAGGGGAGGGUGCAAGCGAUGAUGGACAUCGUAUUGAUUUCUAUCUGCCCGCUCCUCCCCUAUUGUGGCGAUGCACGGCGAGACAUCGAUCGUUGCACCGCGGCCCAAAUUAACACCCCACAGUGAACGGGUCGCAAACUCCCAGACCACUGAUUUUCGCGCUGGACUUCCAAGUGUUGUGGCAGUUGAGUUUAAGUUUCGAAACAUCAAGAGCACACUUCUGUAACGUGAUAACAAAAUAAAGCAUUCUUAAUGGUGUCCGCGCGACGCUGAGAGGGGAUUAAGGGAUAUUUUUGAGACGAGAAGUGAUAGAAAAGGAAUAAAAGUGGCGACGCUAGGAGCACGCGUGGAAUGCGCGGGAGUGGAUUUCUUUAAUUUGCGAGCACGCCCAGAUACCGUCGUGCCGCCCUCCGAGCACUCGGCCAUGGCGACCGAAACUGUAUGGCAAACAGGCGGCGCCGCGCCUGGGGGGGAGCAGCAGUACUCUCUCCGCUGGAAUGACUUCCACUCCGCCAUGGUGUCCUCGUUCCGCAGGCUCCGGGAUGAAGAGGACUUUGUGGACGUCACGCUGGCCUGCGCUGGUGCUACUUUCACAGCCCACAAGGUGGUGCUAUCAGCCUGCAGUCCCUACUUCAGAAGGUUGCUAAAAGCGAACCCAUGUCAACAUCCCAUCGUAAUUCUUCGGGACGUGCAUGACAAAGACAUGGAAAGUCUUCUAAGGUUCAUGUAUCAAGGUGAAGUCCACAUCGGACAGGAACAGCUUAAGGAGUUCCUGAGAGCAGCACAGCUCCUGCAGGUCCGAGGGCUAACUGAUGUUCCCCCACCAACUCCGAUCUCAAAUAUUGACCAAAAAGCAUCACCAUCAGCAUCGUCCUGGACGGAGACUGGCAGUGGUGGAUCUCGGGAAGGUCGCGACCCUCAGCAAAGGGAGGGCAGGAGAGCUCGAAGGCCUGAAGAAGGUGCUGCCAAUACACCUCCCCCCAAAAGAGCCAGAUCAUCAGACCUUUACCAAGCCCAAAUGAAAACCAGGUGUAGGACGGAGCAACUGCUAGCAGCUCAGGGAGCCAGCCCAGAGAGGAUGGCUACCAAUGGCCACGAACUCGCUUUAUUCAGCCAAGCUCUAGAAAACGUGCAGAAUCCCCACCUGUCUAAUGUUUCCAAUAACUUGUCGGGUGACGGUGAGGAGUCAUCAUCAGACGCGGGCGCCAGCGAUACAGAAGGUGACAACAGAACGAAGCAGGAACCCGUGGACUACGACGACCCAGCUACCAUGGCCAACACUAACGGCGCUCUGCCACACAAUUUCCCUGGACUUCUUAACUUACCUGGCUUUCCUGGAUUGCCGGGACCGUCAGGGAUACCUGAUAACUUCGGUGGAUGUCGACGGACGCAAGAUCUUCUUCGAGUGCGGGCUACAGAUCCUCGGCCCUGUCCUAAAUGCGGGAAAAUAUACAGAUCUGCGCACACACUGCGAACACAUCUUGAAGACAAACACACUGUGUGCCCAGGAUACAGAUGUGUGCUGUGCGGGACAGUUGCCAAAUCACGCAAUUCACUCCAUUCUCACAUGUCGCGACAACACCGCGGUAUUUCCACAAAAGACUUACCCGUUCUACAGAUGCCCACAAGAUUUGACCCGGAACUCGCCAGCCAAUUACUAGCAAAAGCAGGAGUAAAAGUGUCACCAGAACAAUUGAGAGCUCGCGCCUCUCCCACCGGACCCCGGCGCUCUGAUAUCAAGCUGGACGCUAAGUCAGCUGCGUCGGAGAGCAGCUCAAUAUGUGGUGACAAUGACCACGACGAUCUCAGCCAAUCCAAGUAUCAAGACAGUAUUCCAGUAUCCCCACCACACAUCAAUAACCUCACAAAUACAACAAUAACAAAAGUGCCUGCGGUGCGAGCGGUGACUGCGAAAGCAGUUGAAAACCUUCCCCACGGCAUGGCCACCAUGAAACACGACGAGUACCCGCCCGGCUUUGGGGGAGGGUCCGCCAUAUUGGACACUUACCUCCAGUACAUCAACGAGAAUGUUUUUGGAAUGAACGCUGCGAAAUUGGCUCAAAUGAAUGCAAUGCACAUGGAAAGAAAAACUUACGACGAACCAUCACCCCAAAUGGGAUCCCUGCCACCACCACCGACCACACUCGCGCACCAACGUUUCCUCAAGCAAAUGCAGAGACAGUAUACGGAGAACAUGGGGAAGCCUGACAUCAUGCGCGACUCUGAUGAACCGCUAGACCUGGGCAAAGAGCGACACAGAAGCGACAGUAUUAGUGAAGAAGACAGACAGGACAUGGACAAGGAAAAGGAUUAUUACAGCAAGAAUUAUGACGAAGACAGAAGAAUAAAUUCUGAACAUGACCAGGAGCACAGCGGGCACGAAGAAGAUUUCUCCGAGGAGGAGCACAAUAAAAGUGUGGCCUCAUGAAAUGACGUCUUACCGUCAACGCAUGUAUGAGUGUAAGCAACAUUUUGUUGGUUUUUAAAGGUGCUUAAGAGUUAUGUUACGUCAUCCGACGUUUAAACAAAUUAAUUGUUGACCCGUGGAAUAUCGUUGGUGCCAUUAACGAUGUAUAAAUGAGUUAUUGUUCGGCUAAACUUUGUGUAAUUGCUGAGCACAAAGUGAGGCCAGAUUCACAUUAGAGCUGACUGGAGUCCUGAUUCUGAAGAAACAGUACGCCAGCUUAGUGUGAUUCCGGCUUGAAGCUGACAAUGCUAUGUGUAAUGUUUGUGUUAUAUGAGUUUAGCUGUACAAUACCCGUCGUGAUACCAUAUUGCCAUAUUAAAGUAGCGUGACCCGCGACCCAUCGCAUCCGACUCGAGCGGCGUGAGAUUGUUUCGUAGGAUAUAUCUAGCGAGUAGUAAGUUUGUAUGUUGUAAGGUCCCUUUCACAUAGUAGGGCAACUUACAUAGUAAUUCCAUCCAACUACCUCAAUUUUCGGGCCAAUACGGCGACGAUAAAUAUAUAUGUAUAUCCACACAAAUUGUGAAAUUCCAUCCAUCUACCUCACUUCAAUAGAUUUUAUUUAAUAUUUUAUACAAUUUAUAGUUAUAAAUAACUGUUGUUUUAUGCAUUUUGCAGAUUGCAUUUAUAUGUAUACUAUAUAGAGUAUAUUGUAGGUAAAAUAUUGUGCAAGUCGUAAGGCGCUCUAACCGCCCGUAGAUGAGUGUUUAACAAAUGAUUAUUUGAUAUAGUGACCGCACUCACUAGAAACUUUAGACUGUAUCACCGUAGAGUAAUAUUACCUUAUAUUAAAUCACAUUUUAUAAUAAGCGAAAGCAAAUAUCUUUGUAUACGAACAAAUUCAACAGAGCUUAAAUCUAACUAUACUAAAAUCGUGUUGCGAGAGUAAAAGAUAAUAAAAUAUAUGUUUAUAAGAUUUUUACGCCACUAACGUACCGACGCAAUCGUAUAAUAUGUUGAAUAUAUUCGUCUCGCUCUCUUCGUAUUGGUCGUUUUCGCAGUGGCAUACGAAUGCGUCGCCUCGCUAUUGGACGUUGCAGAAAAUUCUAAAUUUAAACACCUUUUGUCUAGAGACUGAAUAAUGUUCAAAUUUGAUCGAUUCGUUACAAGUUCAAAAAUUACGCGUUGUAAAUAUAUUCGGUGAUAUUAUUUAAAUUAAAUGAAUAGACAAAUAGAAACAAAAGCAAUAAAUAAAGUAUACUUUGGUGUUGCCUUUUAAGAAUAUUAUAUGUAAAUAAUGCGGGUAGUAUUGGGUUAUGUUGUCGUAUCGUCUCACGGGAUAUCUAAAAUAGUGACAUUGAUUUGAAUAAUGAUUGUUGAUUAAAUGACAACUUAUGAUUUACCAACUAAAUUUCUUAUUAAAAAAAGUUUUACCGACCGAUGCGAGCGAUUAAUGACCGCUUUUUAUUCUAUAGUCCAUAUUUUACCGUUUAUUAACUUUUUAGUAAAAUGCCGGUUUUAAAUAUUCCGUGAAAUAACCUUACAAUAAUAUUAAGAGCAGCUGUUUGUCUGGUAGUAGGUAAUGAUGUGGGCAGAAUACUUAACAUUACUGUGAUUACAAUCUCAUAUUAGCCUUCAAUAAUUAUUAUUAUACAUAUUUUUUAGAGUACAAUGUUAUAGUUAUUUAGUAUAGGUAUUGAUAAGCGAUUCACAAAAUAUAUUUACUUCCUGACGUGUAGAUUUAAAUUCACAAUUAUUUAAGAUAUUAGAAUGAUAGAUGGAGCAUUUAAUCUUUUAUAUCGGAAAGUUGCAUUUUUUAUGUUGCCACACUGGGCUCGACAGCGGCCAUGACAGUUACGUAUGUGUGUUAACUAUGUAGUUACUAUGGGUUGAUUGAAUAUUAUGUUUAGCGUGUUAGUGAGAUUUAAGGAAUAAGUCAUUUUGUGUUUGCGUAUACUUACAGUAACCUUGUUGACAGUUAUGGGUGUUGCCAUAGUGAAUAAUUAUUCCGCUUGUACAUAUAAAAACUUUUUGAUUGUUUAGAGAAGUGUGCUUAUUUUCACAAUGUUGAAUAUUUGUUAUAACCACGGGAUACAGUUGAAAUAGUGUUAAAGCACGGUAAGAUUAGUUACCAGAUAAUUAAGGGAUUAUAUAUUUUUCAGAACACAAUUUUGCAGAUUAAAUAUACAAAUGUUGCACGAUACUGGAUUGAUAUAGUGACGUUUCGGACGAGGCUAUAAAAUAUAACAAUAUGUUUCUGGGUGUUUUUGUGACGGCCUGUUCGAUUGGAAUUAUUGCACAGACAAAGUAUAUAAUAGACGGAACAAAAAAAGCAACCAGUGAUUUACGUUUAGAAGUGCGACAGUUUUACAAGCAAUAUAGUGGCCUGUUUACAUUUAAUGACCUUAUAAUUAUUAAGAAAUGAUGACCCGUUUAAUUUUUCGACUUGAGUGAUUAAGAACAAUAUUUUUGUACUUUAGUUUUCGAACAAACAAAUACAUAUAUAUAUAUAUGAUGACGUAUUUAUAUACACCUUAUCCAUAAAAUGCCUCAGCAAGUACAAAAUCAACAUUCAAGCGAAACUUCUACUAAUUUUUGUCAGUUUGUCCUGCAGCAUGCAAAAAGAUAAGACGUCUAAUAACUUGAGGCAUGACUUUAAUUUAAUAAUGACACCUUCAGUAAUACAUUAAUAAUAAAAGCAAUAACACACACCCAUACAUGUCUUAAAAAAAAUAUCACAACUGUUACUUGUUAAAUUUGAAUCUUUCAGUCGGAAUUUUAAUUACUCGGACACAUGACGUCACUGGGUUGUCGCUCCGUCUAUUAGCUUUCUCUGGGGUCGAACCAUAGAUCGACGUUAUAUCGUGCACAAAAUGUUGUUAUGUAUAUUUAUAUAUACCAGUGGAGAUAUUAUAUUUAGGACUCUAAGUCAAGAUUCUCAUGUAAAAAGUAUGUUUAGUUACCUUUUGAACUUUCAAAGUUCUUCUUAUUUUUACCUCAUUAGUUUGCUAUUAAGGUUUGAUUUUACAUGAGCCAACAACAUUGUAAACUUAAUAUUUUGCGUACAACCAUAAUUGUAAACUUAAUAUGUUGCGUACAACCAUAAUUGUAAACUUAAUAUUUUGCGUACAACCAUACUAGUAGUAUUUUGAAUUAUAUCGAUAGCACAAAAUUAUUUACUUGAUAUUUUUACAGUAAGAUAUUUACACGGUAAUGUUUCAGCAGAACUGUGCUGCCUUAAUUAUUACGGUUUGUUUCUGUAGUGUUAGCGUUCUUUUAGACAAUAAUAUUUAUGUUCAAAUUAAUUGUUUGUUUGUCAUUACGUCAUCUAUUUUAGUGGACUAGUUGUAUGCCGCUUCUCUACAUUAUUAUAAACAAAUAAAAAUAAUUGUUUUGAAAA